AUGAUCCAGAACCGCCCGUUUACCUUGGAGCAUCUCCAGCAACUGGUCAAUAAAUACACUGUCAUACAAGACAGCAGCAGACAAUGGCGCACAGAGAUCUGGAAGAACUGGAAGAAGAUCAAAUGGACACGAGAAGGAGGGGAUCUGGCUAAACUGCAGCAGAAUCUGGGAGUUCAUAUCAACAGUUUGAAUCUGGCCGUGGCUGUCAUGAAUAGGGAAUCAACUGAGAAAGUUGGAGAUCAGGUUCAGGAUGUUCAGUCAAUGCUUGGAGAAAUCCAUGAUUGGUUUACGAUCAAUUUAAGAGGACGAUCAAUAAGAUCUAACCAGUCUAUGCCAUCGUAUACAGUCUGGAUUGACCUUUUCGAUACGCCUGGAUGA